GAGUUGCGUGACACUAAUGACGAAUUGCAAAUGGAGGUGGAAAAACUGCGUUCCCAAUUUCAGGAGAGCGACAGGAAACAUCUGGCCUGGCAUAAAAUGAAGGCCAACAAACCGGGAGCAAUGCUUCUCCCUGAGAAUGAGAUAAGUAGAGUUACAGACAAUGUGGAAAGAGAAAGUCAGCGUCUUGGAAAUGAGUGUGUGUCGGUCUCAGGCCCAAGUGGUGUAUCUGAUACCUAUUCAGUAAGUAUAGAAAUGGAGCUUCUGAUAGAAGAACUGAAAGAACAGCAUCAAGAUCUGAAAAUACAGCUGGAAACCAAGGUCAAUUACUAUGAAAGGGAAAUAGAGUUAAUGAAAAUAAACUUUGAGAAGGAAAGGAAAGACAUUGAACAAGGCUUCAAGAUGGAGAUUAGUGAACUGGAGGAACAGAAAAGUGAUCUGGAAGAGUUGAAUGUGAAAUGCCAGGAAGUAAUUGAUGGCUUGAAAGAGCAACUCCAGAAACUAGCACCAGUCCAAGAACUUGAGAAGAGGUUUGAGAAGGAGAUGUUAGAAAUGGAACAGUACUAUGCCAAAGAAAUUUCCAGUUUAGGACAGAGGCUGGCCCAGGAAACGAACCAAUUGCAAGAUGAAAUGAAAAGGAAGCAUGAGACUGAGAUACAUCGAAUGAGAAUUGAGCUCCACAGGGUGUUAGAAGACAACGGUCUCCUAAAGAACAAACUGGGAAGACUUCAGCAACAAGUAGAGGAUGCUAACGAGGCAAAUAAAAAGCACCGUAAACACAUUGAUGAACUGAAGAUAGAAAAAGAGAAGGCUGGGAGUGAAAUGGAAGAAUUAAAUCAAUUGAACAAGCAGUACAAAGAAGAGAUCUCCCAGUUAAGUGCCAGGACUGGUCAGCUGAGCCACGAAUUCUCUGAACUAAGCAGCAGUAGUAAGGCUGAUCAGAGUACAAUCCGUUUACUGAAUCAGAGGUUUGCUGAGCUGGAGAGUGAAAAAGCGCAUGAAGCUGCAGUUGCCAAGCAGCUUCAAGAGGCCUCUGCUGAACUGACAAAGGAGCAUCUCCAGAAACAGUUGGCAUGGCAAGGAGAGAAGGCCCUCCUGGAACAAGAGCUAAAGGUCUCUAGAGAAGAGGCCAGCCAAUCUCAGGAACUGGAGGCUGAACUGGAGCGCUUGACCCAGGAAUGUCGGAUGCUGCGACUGACAAAGGCACAGAUGAGCGAGGAGUUGGAAGAAUGCCGGGAUCAGCUGUUAGAGGCCAACACAAACUUAAGCCUGGCAGAGUCGCAGUAUGUUCAGGAGCUGCAGACAUUAAAAAGCCAAGUAGAAAGUUCUGUGCCUAAAGCCUGCCUUGUUGAGUUACAAAACAUGCUGGCAGGAGAAAAGGAAAUGGUCAAGCAGUUGCAAGGAGAGCUGAACUUCCAGGCAAAGCAGACGAGACACCAGUUGGCCACACAUCAGGAAGACCAUGCAAAAUACUGUAGAUUAAUGGAGGAAAAGAUGGAGGAGCUGGAGAUGACCAUGAAGAAUGCACAAAUAAUGCUUCAGGAAAAAGUGUUCCAACUCAAGGAUCAGCUUGAAAAAAACACUAAGUCUAAUUUAAUGCUGAAAGACCUCUAUGUGGAAAAUGCCCAGCUGAUGAAAGCUUUACAGGUUUUGGAGCAGAGGCAGAAGAGCACAGAAAAGAAGAACUUCAUCCUGGAGGAAAAAAUCUCAUCCCUGAACAAAAUAAUUACAGAAAUCACUCUGGCAUCACAAUGAACGAAGGAAUCUGCUUUUCAGUUCUGUUUAUUUAAAUUGGAAAGGACAAUCAAUAGAAGAGAGACCACUUCAUCCCAUGGCCAAUUUUGUUAUGUAUUUCAAACCUUGCCAAAAUGAAUUAUAUUGGAGUCAUUCACAGGUCUGAAAGUCUCCGAGAACUAGAUCUGGAAUGCCCCUACACCAGAAGGCACAGUAACUAACAGAAGAAAAAUAUUCUCAGGGAGAAUUUAAAAGAUGGAGACGCCCUCCAAAUACUGCUGGUGGCAAUAAAGUGCAUAUUCCCAUUUUUUCCAAUGGAAAAGCUAAAACUUUUACUGCCUCUUGGAUCAAGUCCCAGAAGCAUACUUUUUGGGCCCAGUUCUCAGGACUGCAUAUUUAUUGUGAUGGCAACAUUUUUUGCCUCUCCUCCUUCCUCACUUGUCUAUACACUGGCUUGUAUUAUAUGU